CCGGGGAGGGGAGAGAUGUGGUGUCGGCUCCAAAUUGCUGCUAAAAUUGAUUCCAUUCCUCACUUGAAUAAUUCCACACCUCUAGUGGACCCCUCAGUAUACGGAUACGGAGUACAGAAGCGGCCCCUGGAUGACGGAGUAGGUAACCAGUUAGGGGCCUUGGUACAUCAAAGGGCAGUCAUAACAGAAGAAUUCAAAGUGCCUGAUAAAAUGGUUGGGUUUAUUAUUGGCAGGGGAGGUGAGCAGAUUUCACGAAUUCAAGCAGAAUCUGGUUGCAAAAUUCAGAUUGCUUCAGAGAGUUCUGGGAUUCCAGAGAGGCCCUGUGUACUUACCGGAACCCCAGAAAGUAUUGAACAAGCCAAACGACUCCUGGGGCAGAUCGUGGACCGCUGUCGGAACGGCCCCGGCUUUCACAAUGACGUAGACGGCAACAGCACGAUCCAGGAAAUUCUUAUCCCUGCCUCUAAAGUGGGCCUGGUCAUUGGCAAAGGAGGAGAAACAAUCAAGCAGCUGCAGGAGCGCACAGGGGUGAAGAUGGUCAUGAUCCAGGACGGCCCGCUGCCCACGGGUGCAGACAAGCCUCUCCGCAUCACCGGCGACCCCUUCAAAGUACAGCAAGCGAGAGAAAUGGUACUAGAGAUCAUCCGAGAAAAGGACCAGGCUGACUUCCGAGGUGUGCGUGGAGACUUCAGCUCCCGGCUGGGAGGAGGCAGUAUAGAGGUGUCUGUGCCUAGGUUUGCUGUGGGGAUCGUGAUAGGAAGGAACGGGGAGAUGAUCAAGAAGAUCCAGAAUGAUGCGGGCGUGAGGGUCCAGUUUAAACCAGAUGAUGGGAUUAGUCCAGAAAGAGCAGCGCAGGUCAUGGGCCCUCCGGACCGGUGUCAGCACGCAGCACACAUCAUCAACGAGCUGAUCCUCACCGCCCAGGAAAGAGAUGGCUUUGGGGGCCUGGCAGUAGCCAGAGGAAGAGGCCGCGGCCGAGGUGACUGGAAUGUGGGGGCCCCUGGUGGUAUCCAGGAGAUCACGUACACCGUACCGGCAGACAAGUGUGGCCUCGUCAUAGGCAAAGGGGGCGAGAACAUCAAGAGCAUCAACCAGCAGUCGGGCGCGCACGUGGAGCUGCAGCGGAACCCCCCUCCCAACACCGACCCCGGCCUGCGGAUAUUCACCAUCCGGGGCGUCCCGCAGCAGAUCGAGGUGGCCCGGCACCUCAUAGACGAGAAAGUGGGCGUACGUACCGAGCCCUCCCCACCUGGCGGGAUGCAGCAGGACUCUGCUUGGCGGCCUCGCGUGCCCAUCCCUUCCCACAGCACCUUUCCUCCGAGGGGCUCAGGCUGCUUCCCCAACCUCGCUGCUAAGGUGAACGGAAACCCCCACAGCACCCCCGUGAGCGGCCCUCCGGCCUUCCUGACGCAGGGCUGGGGCAGCACCUACCAGGCCUGGCAGCAGCCCACACAGCAGGUCCCAAGCCAGCAGAGCCAGCCACAGAGCAGCCAGCCCGACUACAGCAAGGCCUGGGAGGACUACUACAAAAAGCAGAGUCACGCGGGUCACGCCGCCAGCGCGGCCCCUCAGGCCAGCUCGCCGCCGGACUACACGAUGGCCUGGGCGGAGUACUACCGGCAGCAGGUGGCCUUCUACGGGCAGACGCUAGGGCAGGCGCAGGCCCACAGCCAGGAGCAGUAGAGCCGCCGCCGCUGCGCUCCCUCCAGAUCCGGAGGAGGAGGAGGAGGAGGCCUGUGCCUGACAGAGGUUCAGAUUCGCCGACCUUUUGAUGAAGAACCUUUGUUUUGUUCUGUGAAACACUAUAUUUAGAUUAACAGAGUAUUUCUAAAAAUCGGGAAAAUUAGUUACUAAAAAUUGCUGAUAAUUUUUGUUUCCUUGUUUCUGUUUGUUAUUUCAAACGUGUGAGCUCUGUGAUUCUUUUCAGAGCCCUACUGCAAAUCCAGGGGCCGGAGUGCCUAGGAGCAGACAUUUCAACAUGGUGAUUUUUGUUUUGUUCUGUUUUGUUUUUGUCUUUUUAUUUACAGGUCGGUUUUUUGUUGUUGUUGUUUUCUGUUGCAACAGAAAGUGGCUUGGAAGUCUUAGUAUGUAACAAAUUCUUUAAAAAAUUUUUUUUAAACAGUAUUUAAAUAUUCUUAAAUGUGUAAAUUCAUUAAGUGUUUUUACUUCUAAUUUCUUGUAUCUUGGCUCUCUGGUUUUAUUGCAUUUUUUUAAAAACCUGAACUAUUAUGUAUUGUACUUAAUUAUGUGAACUCUGAAUUGAGACAGAUAACUGUAUUACUGCCCAGCAGGGGUCGGGAGCUGCAUUUUGGAGGGUCUGUGUGAUUUCUAGAGUUCUGAGGGUGAGAAUCGCCUGAGGGUGUUCAGCAGACGUUGUGUUCACGUCUCAUCACCGGUUGCACUUGUGUGUCUGAGACCUCCAAGCUGGUUUUAAAACAAGACAAAAACCUUUAUUCUCUCAGAAAUACAAAUACUGUUAUUUUUAAUAUUAAAAAGAAAAUCAAUAUAACUUUUAACACACACUGUGGAACAUUAAACCGUAUAAAAUGUAGUAACUAUUUUUUAAUUCCAAGGUGUUUUUUGCUUUUUUCUUUUAAAUAUUUUCUUAAUAUUUGUCAGAUUAACUAGAUGAAUAAAUAAACCUAGUAUUAACCGCAGUAUGAAUUAAAUAAUUGUGAUUUAAUAAAGGGAUAUGAUUUCUGAUGUUUACUGUAGUGUAUCUUGUACAGAUAACAUGUAUUUUUAAAGAAAAAAAAACGGAAUCGAAGCUAUUUUUUCUUGCAUUUUUAAUUGACCUGAGGGACAUUCCGUUUGAAAUGUACUGAAGUUAGUUUCUGGUUUUUCCUCCUUAUUUUCCUUACAAUGCUUGAAAUGUCUAACUAUUAAAAAGGAAUUGGAGAAUGUUAUGCAUGUUGUUUUAAAAAGGUGUUCUUUUUAUUUGACUGACAAUUCAUUUUACACUCUAUAUAAUAAAAUUCCACAAGAC